UAUUUUAGACUACAAUUUCACAGCAACAUCAUGGCGAACACAAACAGAUAACAGCUACAUUUGCACAUCGGCGGCCUUCGUAGUGAAUCGGGCAUGCUCGUAUAAUGUCCAAAAUUUGCGUUGACCGCAGCACCAUGCAGACACCAUGAUCAUGGACUCUUUCGAUUCUUCUGGCCUGCUUGUGGUAUUUGUCAGGGAACGUCCAACACUAGCAGCGAACUAGUCAUUAGUGAGCUUUUGUAGUGUAUUCGAUUGUAUUUAUCGCGUUACAACCAGACAUUUUCCAAAUAAAAAAAAUUAUAGUAAAUACGAAGGAUUGUUUAUUUUUAAUGGUAACGUAAUGUUUCAUCAUGGCACGUCACAGAAACGUUCGUUCUAUGAACUACAGUGAUGAAUAUGAUGGUUAUGAUGACGUGUACGGUCACUCUGUGGAAGAUGAAUACUGCAUAUCUCCUAGUGAUGAGGCCCAGUUUAUGUACGACCGCACAAGGCAGCCACAAAUAUCAGCCUUCUUUAGUGAGCAAGACAACAUAACAGAGGAAGAUGAGAGCCUGGAGCAAACUAAUGACAGAAAAAAUUCAGAUUGUUUCAUUCGACCAACAUUAAGUGAUUUAGAAGAAGCAAAGUUACGAUCCUGUUUGGAAGAAAUUCGAAAUGUUAUUGGAGAUAGUAUCUCAGAAAAAAUUCUUGUGGAAACUGUGUUGAAGUGUGACUUCAAUGUUAAUAAGUCUCUUGAUACUAUUUUGAGUAAUGCCACCUCAUCAAAUGAAAUUAUUAGUGAAGAUCCCAAACCUCAGCGUGUGAGAAGAGAGCGAGAUAGAGGUGCUAGGAAAUGUGGCGUGAGUGCUGAUGUUGAGCCAAAUGGUAAGAGUAGUGAUGAGGUUGCGAAGGAGACGACUGCUACAGGGAAGCCCCCUGUGAAGGUGGUUCCUCCAGGAGCGAAGACACUCAACAUCACCAAGGGCUUUGAUGUCGUCAAUGAGAAAGGGGACUCUGCAGAGGUGAUAGAGAACUUAAGGAGCUCCAAUGCGGUUACUCCUCGGUCUCAGUCUCCUGGCUCCGGCAGGCUGAGUCCCAACAACCCUGAGGGUGAUUCCUUUGAUGUGGAAGCAGGAGAUAAGAAAGCUGUUAAGGAGAGUGGAAAGACUCCUCGUUCUCGAUUGCAUAAAACAGAUGCACUGGCCCUUUACAAGCAAGACCGAGCACAGAGCAAGAGUCAUCUGCACCUGGUAGUGAUUGGCCAUGUGGACGCAGGCAAGUCUACUCUCAUGGGCCACUUGCUAUACACCCUGGGGCAAGUAAACAAGAAGACAAUGCACAAGUAUGAACAAGAGAGCAAAAAGCUGGGAAAGCAAUCCUUCAUGUAUGCCUGGAUAUUGGAUGAAACUGGGGAGGAGAGAUCCCGUGGAAUCACGAUGGAUGUUGGGCAGUCUAAGUUUGAAACACACACGAAAAUCGUUACUUUACUGGAUGCUCCAGGGCAUAAGGACUUCAUUCCUAACAUGAUUACAGGAGCCACUCAAGCUGAUGUGGCCAUCCUUGUGGUGGAUGCCACAAGGGGCGAGUUUGAAACUGGCUUUGAGAUGGGGGGACAGACAAGAGAGCAUGCUCUACUUGUCAGGUCUUUAGGUGUCAAUCAGUUAGGGGUUGUGGUAAAUAAGUUGGACACUGUCGGCUGGAAUCAGGAUAGAUUUCAGGAGAUUGUUGGAAAAUUGGGAACUUUCCUUCGACAAGCUGGCUUCAGAGAAUCAGAUGUGACAUUUGUUCCAUGCAGUGGAUUGACUGGAAUAAACUUGGUCAAUCCCCCAACAGAAGAGAAGCUCUUAGAGUGGUACAAGGGCCCGACUCUCUUGGAUGUUAUUGAUAAUUUCAGAGCUCCAGAGAGACCAAUUACUAAACCAUUUAGGCUGUCGGUAAAUGACAUAUUCAAAGGCACAGGUUCUGGUUUCUGUAUCUCUGGUAGAGUGGAAACUGGGUUGGUGGAAACAGGAGAUAAGGUGUUGGUGCAGCCGCAGAAUGAGGUGGCAGUUAUAAAAGCUGUUACUAUUGAUGAUGCACCUACCUCAAUCGCCUAUGCUGGAGAUCAAGUGAGUGUGACACUCUCUGGAAUAGAAAUGCAGAAUGUGUCUGUUGGAUAUAUAUUGUGUGAUACAACACAACCCAUUCCUGUAACGUCACGUUUUGAAGCUCGAAUUGUGGUUUUUAAUAUAAAGGUUCCCAUUACAAAGGGGUUUUCGGUCAUUCUACAUCAUCAGUCCUUGUCAGAGCAAGCUGUGAUCACCAAACUGGUUGCACAAUUGCAUAAAAGUUCAGGGGAAGUUGUGAAGCGACGUCCAAGAUGUCUUGUUAAGAAUUCCAAUGCUGUUGUGGAACUCACAACCUCUCGACCUGUGUGCCUGGAGUUGUACAGAGAUGUCAAAGAAUUGGGGCGCUUCAUGUUAAGAGUGGGUGGAGUCACCAUAGCAGCUGGCCUUGUUACUCAGGUAGUACCCUGUUUUCGAAAAUGUUGAAACUGAACUAACCGAAAAAGAGAGUAAAGAAAAAGUGAAAAAAACAUAGCUUUUACUUUUUUGAAGAUUUCCUUUAACCUUUUAAGUUUUGGAAGAUAUUGAAAUUCUAAGAGCUGGUGAUGGUAUUAUUUAAUGAAACGUUUGGUUUUUAACACUCCAAUACUCGUGUAACCAGUACUCAAGUUCACUCGUACGGGGUAUUUGAAUACUCCUCGUUGAUAACCAAAAUAUGAGGUUAGUAAAGGAAAAGGAAAGAAACAGUAUUGUGUUCUAUACAGUGAAAUACAUUAAUCUAUUAUUUACUAACAAUAUAUUCCGUCAAUAUGCAUGGAAACUUUAAAGACAUUAUAAUGUAAACAAAACAAUAAAACUAAAGAGAAAUUUUUUUUUUAAGAAAUAUAAAAUACAGAAUCAGGUAACUUCAUACCUGCAAUGUGAAAUAAACUUUAGGAUAAAAUGAAAUACAGCUCUACUAUAAAAUAAUACAGUAGUAAGGAUUUGCCAGGCAUUGCCAACAAUCUCUGAUUUAGAGUGUAUUGGCUUGGAAUUACUGAUUUGUAUGGGGUCUGGCCUAUUAGCUGAUGAAACUGUGCUUGUGAGAUAGUUUAAUUCUGACCCAUGAGUGAGGAUGAUGUUUACAGAUAGUGAAGUUCCUACACAAAUAUAAUUGUGAAGACAGCCUUGGUUACUACUGUUUAUAAACUUAAGCAAUAUACAUAAUUGUGAAGUCCUUAUUUAUUACUGCUGAGUCCAUUAGUAAGGUGACUCCAAAUGUAGGGCAAGUGCAGUUACUAUUCAUUUACAAUGUGUUAUGACAAGAAAAAUGUAAUUGAUUACAAAAAUGCUUGUGCAGGGUAAGCCUAUCACUCCAGUGACUUACUAUAACAAACACUUACUUAUUGAAUGAACUUAAUGAAAUACAAUAAAAUUUAUUUCUUACAUAUUCAUUUAAGAAUACACAUGCGGGUUAUAAACUCCAUAUCUGAGAAGUAGCAACACAAAAAUCGUGGACUUCGCGGUAUCCAAAUACCCUAUGCAAGUACUGGAGUGUUAACUGAAAAACAGGUGUUUUUCAUCUGUGAUUGUUUUAUUUUUUCAGAUAUUCUAGGGGUUUUAGUUUCUUUGCACUCUCCAAAAGUAUUUGGUGCAAAUAUUGGAGGAUGGAGUAUUAUUAUUUGGAGAAUUUUAAGUCUAAGGAUGAAUUAAUUAACACUAUGAAUAUGUAAUGUCUACUUGUACAAUAAAGUUGUAACUUUUCCAGCCAUGUGAAUAAAAGAUCUUCCUGCA